UACUACGCCUAUGACUGCUUCGAAGGGUUCGUUCUUCUCGCGGGUCCGUACCGAUAGAGAUGCCGAGAAGUCAAUGCCUCGGAGCAGCAGCUCUAUCCACCACGGCCGAAACCGACGAAGUCGUCUCACAAAUCUCCCACGCCCCGGGCCAGCCCCGAGGAGCCCCCGACGCCGUCUUCGAUGAGCAACCUGAGAAGGAAGCUCAGCCUAUCUUGGAAGCGAAGCGCCUCGAAGAGCAGCCACCACGCGCCUGCCGCGUCGUUUGAUAAGGCUGCUGAGAAACACACGCGGCAAGACGGCAUGCCGCCCCCCCGGAUACCGAUCUCGGCAUCCACGAAUCUGAAUGCGACGAAGGCGUCCAGCCCGAGCCACAGCACUAAACCUGUAGGGACAUAUCUCGAGUCGAGGCGCAGGAAGAGCUCCGCGUCUAGCUUGACGACCAUGUUCGCGGACAAGAGCCGCGUUGAUGCCUGGACGAGCUCAAAGAAGGAGAUUGGCAACAACUCGAUGGUCGAAACUUCUUCGCAACCCCCCCGAACCUCGUCCAUGCAAAAGAUCCUGCGCCCGCGGCCGUCGACUGCCUCGAUUAAGCGUCAGGACUCGUUCACCGCCGAGUUCGACAAGGAUGAUGUGGUGGCUGAGGACGAGAUGAAGAGACUAGCCAUGAGGAGGAAGGAAACUGAGAUGGCGGCCCGGACAUUGGAUGCUCUCCGUAAGAGGGCUACGCCUAAGGAGCGCGUCGGACCCCACGAGGCCAUCCGGAUAGCGAUCCUGAAUAUCUACGAAAAGGGCGAGAUUGUUGAUUACAACGACGUCUACUUCUGCGGAACACAGAACGCACACAAGGUCGUGGGCGACCUAAGCUCGAGCCUGCCAAACUUUGGAUACGACGACGAGCGCGGCGACUACUCGAUCAUCCCCGGCGACCAUCUCGCGUACCGCUACGAGAUCGUCGACGUGCUCGGAAAAGGCAGCUUCGGCCAGGUGGUGAGGUGUAUCGAUCACAAGACCGGCGUGCUUGUCGCCGUCAAAAUCAUCCGAAACAAGAAGAGAUUCCACCAGCAGGCCCUUGUCGAAGUCAACAUUUUGCAAAAGCUUCGCGAAUGGGACCCCCAUAACAGGCACAGCAUGGUCAACUUCACUCACAGCUUCUAUUUCCGAGGGCACCUCUGCAUCUCGACGGAGCUGCUCGACAUGAACCUCUACGAAUUCAUCAAAUCCAACGCGUUCCGCGGGUUCUCGAUCAAGCUCAUCAGACGAUUCACUAAGCAGAUGCUUAGCUCUCUCACCGUGCUGAAACAGCACAAGGUGAUUCAUUGCGAUCUAAAACCAGAAAACAUCCUCCUGCGGCAUCCCAUGCACUCGGAGAUCAAGGUGAUCGAUUUCGGCUCGAGCUGUUUCGAAAACGAGAAGGUGUAUACUUACAUCCAGUCGCGCUUCUACCGGUCUCCCGAGGUCAUUUUGGGAAUGACCUACGGGCUACCGAUCGACAUGUGGAGUUUGGGUUGCAUUCUUGCUGAAUUGUACACAGGCGUUCCUAUAUUCCCCGGAGAGAACGAGCAGGAGCAGCUAGCUUGUAUCAUGGAGGUGUUCGGGCCACCCGAGAAGCAUCUUAUCGAGAAGAGCACGAGGAAGAAGAUCUUCUUCGAUUCCCUGGGCAAGCCGCGCUUGUCGGUGUCGUCCAAGGGUAGGAGACGACGACCGUCCUCCAAGACGCUCCAGCAGGCGCUCAAAUGCGACGACGAGCCAUUCCUCGAUUUCAUCGCCCGCUGCCUGCGAUGGGAUCCGGACCGCCGCCUCAAGCCGGAGGAGGCAAUCCGUCACGAGUUCAUCACGGGCCAGAAAACCUCGGUCCCCGUGGCUAGGCCGCGCGAGUCUUCGCCGGUCAAGCGUCACAAUACCAUCUCGACGCCGCGACCGCUACCCGACCCGCCGGGGGCGAGCAAGGCUGGCCCGAGCCUGCGCCCUCGGGACACGACCACCAGCAGUCCUCUCAAGCCGGCCCCCGGGUCGAGACGGACCUCGGCCUUCACCAGCACCACGGCCACCACGGGCGCAAAAAGGACCAGCGGGGGCACGAACGCAACAGUGCCGUCGGCGGCGGUAGGAAACAGCAACCUUCCCCGCGUCGCCGGCCGAACGGCUAGCGGCCGACAGGAUCUGGCGUCGGUGGGAGCUAACGUUGCUAUGAGUCGACGAGCCUGAACGAAUUGAAGCAUCCCUGGCGGCGUAUGGUACGACGGGUUUUAGGGAAAAGGGGAGAGGAGGAGGGAGGGACUUACUACUAUUAGCAUUGAGUCAUUUAAGCAUGUGUUACGAGAUCCAUUGGGCAUUCAUUUCCAUUUUCCGGUCG